UCUAAGUUUGCGCCCCUGGACGUGAGUGUUUCGGUGACUGUCUGUACAGAUUGUGAAGGUUGGUGGAAAGCUCCCAGACCAUCUUGACUGAAAGUUUGUGUCAACGCCCCGCGCUGCUGCCGCUGCCCGCUCCCUGCGCUUUCCAGGUGUGACGCAGCGCAUUUCAUACCAGCCUCAGUUGCGUCAGGUACCUUCGUACCCGGAAGGCGAAACACUAAAAAAAGCGACUCCAUUUUCAGCAGACUGAAAGAUGAACAUCCAGCAGGAGUUUGAGGAUCAGUUUAACGAUGUGGUUUCCAGACUGCAGUCCAAACAGAUGUUCCAGUCUGACUGGGACAUUGCUUCUUUUGCAAUCUUCUUCAUCUUCAUCGGUAUGGUUUUGCUGCUGCUCAUCCUGGUCCUUAUCCGCUGCUGCUGCUGUUGCUGCUGUGAUGAUGAAAAGCCUCGAAGACAGAAGGUUGGCAUAGAGAACAUGGCUCUGGAGCCCUGACAUUUGAACAGCACCUAUGAAGAAGCACUGUGAAGGUGACCGAUGAAGCUAGUAGUCUCAUACUUUGACUGCGCCAAAGCAGAAUCUUUGUGCUUAGCAUUGUCAGUCAGCUCUUUGCUACCCACUUAUGUAAAUCUAACACAUGAUCUUGUUCACUGUCACUGCUAUUUGGGGUUUAUUAUGAGGAUACCAUAGAGGAGUUGUAAACUGUGUACCUGUGUUUUAAUUUUUUUCAUGAUAAUAAAAAAAUUGCUCUCUGUUCA